GCCCCCGCGGAGCGGAGCUGAGGGCGGCGGCGGCUGCUGGAGCGGCCCGGGAGGAGGAGGCGGCGAGGAUGGCGGCGGCGGCGGCGUCCUGGGCGCGGUGGAGAUGAGCGCCCGCGGCCCCAGGCCCAGGGCGGCGUGGCCGGAGUGGGCGGGGGUCCCGAUGCAGGCCCGAGGAGGGCCAUGGGGCAGGUCCUGCCGGUCUUCGCCCACUGCAAAGAAGCUCCAUCUACAGCUUCCUCUACUCCUGACUCCACAGAAGGAGGCAACGACGACUCCGAUUUUCGAGAGCUGCACACAGCCCGGGAGUUCUCAGAGGACGACGAGGAAGAGACCACAUCGCAGGACUGGGGCACUCCCCGGGAGCUGACCUUCUCCUACAUUGCCUUCGACGGUGUGGUGGGCUCUGGGGCCCGCAGGGAUUCAGCUGCCCGCCGCCCACGACCGCAGGGUCGCUCCGUCUCAGAGCCGCGAGACCCACCCCCUCAGCCUAGCCUGGGCGACAGCUUGGAAAGCAUCCCCAGCCUGAGCCAAUCCCCAGAGCCCGGGCGCCGUGGUGACCCGGAUUCUGCCCCUACGGUCGAGCGCCCCCUGGAGGACCUAGGGCUCCACCUGGACCAGUUGGGCUGGGCGGCUCGGGGAGUAGGGUCCGGGGAGGACUCUGCCACCAGUAGCUCUACUCCGCUGGAAGAUGAGCCGGACGGAUCAGAGGCUGGAGAGGCGAGGAAAGAGUUGGACCUCCAACUUGGACUUGCUCAGUCCUCGCUGCCUGAAGUCUUGACUCUGCAGCCCAGCCUUGGCUCUGGGGACCCCCAGGCGCAUACCCCAUCCCCACCUCAGUCCCGGGAUUCGAACUCGAACUCUAGUCCGGUUGAGCCCUCACCGGACGAGAAGGAGGAAGAGCCUUGGGGGCAGCAGGAGCGGGAGCCAAUCACGGGGCAGUGCCUCGAUAGCACGGACCAAUCAGAAUUCAUUUUGGAACCACACCUUCUAGUGGCGGACCUGCUAUACUGGAAGGACACCAAGACGUCAGGAGUAGUCUUCACGGGCCUCAUGGUCUCCCUGCUCAGCCUCCUGCAUUUUAGCAUCGUGUCUGUGGCCGCCCACGUGGCCCUGUUGCUGCUCUGUGGCACCAUCUCUCUCAGGGUUUAUCGAAAAGUGCUGCAUGCCGUGCACCGUGGGGACGGCUCCAACCCCUUCCAGGCCUACCUGGAUGUGGACCUGACCCUGACUCGGGAGCAGACGGAACGCUUGUCCCAGCAGAUUGCCUCCCACAUGGUCGCGGCGGCCACACAGCUGCGGCAUUUCCUCCUGGUCGAAGACCUCGUGGACUCCCUCAAGCUGGCCCUUCUCUUCUACAUCUUGACCUUCGUGGGUGCCGUCUUCAAUGGUUUGACUCUUCUCAUUCUGGGAGUGAUCGGUUUAUUCACAGUCCCUCUGCUGUACCGGCAGCACCAGGCCCAGAUUGACCAGUAUGUGGGAUUGGUGACCAAUCAGUUGAGCCACAUCAAAGCUAAGAUCCGAGCUAAGAUCCCAGGGACCGGAGCCCUUGCCUCGGCAGCAGCCGCAGUCUCCGGAUCCAAAGCCAAAGCCGAAUGAAAAGGGUGUCUCUGCCUGCGGGACGCCUGCCCCCACCCCCUUUAGCCCUCUGCCCCCCUCCGUGUCCCUUCUAUCCCCACCCUCUCCCCGCCUCAGCCCGAGCCGUUUCCCGGUGGGUGCCAGGAUCCCUCGCACCAGGGAGUUUGCGCAACUUGCCUGAGCGGCCAGGACUACAUUUCCCAAGAGGCUCUGCUCUAGGAGUCCAGGAAAGGCGAGGCAUCUUGGCCGCGGGGCCUACUGGGGCUUGUAGUUGCCUAGAUAGGGCGCCCGCCCCGCACUUCCGUAACCUCGCCGCUGGAGGCGCAGUGAGGGGUUGGUGUCUCCUGGGCACCACUAGCCCUGACGCUGGGGCUUUGCAUGGGGCCCAGGGGAGGCCUGAGCUUGGAUUUACACCGUAAUAAAGACUUCUGUGGAAAACCCAAGGCUUCCUGUGCUUCCAGCCCCCUCCGGCUUUCACCUUCCUGCACUGAAAAGCACCUGAGGGAUACUCGAGGAACUCUCUACAUCACUGCGGAAGAAGAAAAUUCCCCUCUGCCAUGAGACAUGGCCGACCCCAGGGCUAGCCAAGCCUUGACAGCCUCUUACCCUUCCUGAGUGCCAGGCAGACAUCACGAGUCGAUCCCCACGCUCUGCCUGCUGUGCAGCCAUCUCACCUGAGUCCCAGACCCAUGUAUCCCGCUGCCUUCCGGACCACUGCUCUGGCAAACAUAUCCAAACGCUUCCCUGGUCCCACCUGAUUUCCAACUCAGGGACGUCCCCUCUUGCCCACGUUGUCACCUGGCCAGGGACCUGGGUAUGGCCCUCCUUGGACUCCUACUCCCUCACCCCCCACAUCUAAUCUGUCAGGAAGCCAUGUCCUUUCUCUCUCUAACUUUUCCCAUCACUCACUUCUCUCCGUUCCACCUGCCUUGGGAAUAAGCACAGGGCUUGAUUCCAAAACUAAAUGGGGAGAAGGAGGCAGGAGACUGGCGUCUAAAGCCCUGCAGACCUGGAUCUGAAUCAGCUUCACUACUUUUUGGCUGCAUGACCUUGAGCAAGGGACCUCACCUCUUGAAGCCUCAUGGAAAGUUGUUGACAUAAGCUACUUACAUGUAAAGCCCUUGUCACAGGGCCUCAGCGCUGAAUAAACUUCCAGUAAACAGAA